UUAAAAACGGAAAGUUCGAGGUUUAUCAUUAAAACUUUUCAUUAUUUCAACAUUAGUCUGUUUUAAUAAUAAAAUAGGAUAUUAUUACCUAUUAAACCAUAACGAAUUCCUAUUCGCCUACAAUUUAGCAACCGUACCGUUUCCUCCACUUGACAAAUAUAAGUUAUCUGUUUGAAUAACUUUUGUGUAAUUGUACAGCGGUACUUCGCGGCACCAGUCCUCACAUUUCUAUUUUCAUUACAGUUUUCGACGAAAUAAAUGCAAAAUAAUCCCAAUUGACUGCUUCGGUGAACAUUGCAAAAAAGCGGAUAUCCAAUUUAUAAUAAGAUUAUUUCUGGUUUCGACAUCGGAAUAACAAAAUGUUUUUUGGUUCUUUGUGCGUCAUGUUGGUGUUAACAGCUGUGGAAGGCUCAGACUUCGAUAAGCCCGCAGUCUACCAACUGACCGAACCUAUGGACCAUGCAGAGGGUCCCACAUGGGACGCCAGGAAAAAUAUUCUGUAUUUCGUAAAUAUUCAUGCUGGAGAAGUACUAGCCUACCACUAUGAUACCAAGAUACUGAGGAAAAUGCAUUUGAAUGGGGAAGUAACACCAGUGAUACCUUCAAGGAAAAAUCCGAAUUUGCUCCUGGUUGGUCUCAACAGAUCCGUUGUGGCAGUGGAGUGGGAUGGCAAGAAAAAGCUUGGCGACCAAGUGAUUUUGUCGACAAUUAGCCAACAGUUUCCGAAGAGUAGAUUCAAUGAUGGAAAAGCCGACAAACAGGGGAGAGUUUGGUGGGGAACAAUUGGUCCAGAGGCUGAUGGAGUCGUUACCCCGAACCAAGGAGUCUUUUAUAAGUUUACCAGAGAUAAUCUCGACAAUCCGACAGUCAUUAGGAGCCCUGUUACAAACAGUAAUGGACUAGCGUGGAAUAAAGCAAAUGACAAAUUAUAUUACAUUGAUACUCCAACAUCAAAAGUUGUAGAGUUCGAUUACGAUGAUAAGACAGGAACUGUUUCAGACAAAAACCGUACAGCAUUUGAUUUAACCAAUUAUCCCAACAUAGCAGUGGUCCUGUACGUUUUUAGAAUUGAACAAAAAUCGCUAAUAGAAGAAGAUCGUCUCUACCGCUUAAAUCAAAAUUUGACAGCUGCCAGUAAAGAUUUGCAAGAUUGCUUGACCAAAGUGAUUGCUCUUCCUGCCCGAGAUGUUACAUCAGCAAUGUGGGGUGGACCUAAUUUCGACAUUUUGUUCGUGACUACUUCAUCACAUUCAUUAACGACUCUAGAAAAACGUCAGUUUCCAGCCGCAGGGAGUCUCUUUGCCAUAGAAAACUUGAAAGCCAAAGGUUUACCUGUAUUUACUGCCAACAUCAUCGAUGAAAUUCCCAAGAAACUGAAUCUGUUGGAUAAUUUCUUCCCCUCAGACACGUUCACGCCCAAGAAAAAUGUUUAUGAAAGAGAUACGGAAUUAUCGUUCUGGGAAUCUGUGAUGGGGGCCUUGCGAAGCAUUUUCUAGUGAUUUUGUUAUUCUUUCCUUUUUUUUUGUUAUUCUUUCCUUUUUUUGGAAUAAAAAUUUAAGUUGA